CCAUCACUGCGACCACGAUCAACGAAAAAGAUGGCGGAGGCUGCUCGAAAACAAGCGUUGGCUUCACUCAAAGGCUUCCUCAAAUCAGGCGCCUACUCUGAUCUCACCAUCACUUGCGGCAACGACACAUACAAGGUCCACAAGGUCAUCGUCUGCGAGCGCGCCGACUUCUUCGCCCGUGCCACCGAAUUUGGCGGACAAGAGUCGGAGAGCGGUACUGUCGAUCUUCCUGAGGACGAACCGGCCAUUGUCAAGCUCCUGGUUCAGUAUCUCUACGAAGGCGAGUACAAGCCGUUGCUGCCAGACGGCGAAUCUUCAGCAGCGCUACCGUCGGCCAAUGUCAAAGCUUCCCGGCCAAUUCACGACUCAUGUGGGAAUCUUUACAGCUACGACUUUCCCCAUACAUGUUACUCGCCGAACAGUCACUGCAGACAAACUAGAAUCUGUCCACACCAUACUUGUACGUAUAAUGGUUACGGGGGCACGGAAUGCAGGUACGCUUGUUCCAAGUUCAACUGCGAAGAAUGCAACCCUUCCACUCCUCCGCUGCCUUCACUCAAUGGCCAUGCCAGUCAACUCCUUGUCCACGCCAAGAUGUACGAGUACGCCGACAAGUACGACGUCGUAGGACUAAAGGAUCUGGCUAUCGAGAAAUUUAGCAGAGCCUGCAAGCACUUCUGGGACAAGGACGCGUUCUCCAUCGCCGCUCACCAUGUCUUCUCCACCACGGUUGAUACCGAUAAGGGUCUGCGCGACAUCGUCAGUGCCACGAUCAGCGCACACAUGGGGUUGGUCAAGAAGCCAGAAGUCAAGGUCCUCCUGACUGAGUUCAACGGCCUUGCUCUGGGAAUUCUGGAAGAGAAGAUCAUUGAGAAUGGUUGGUAGAGGGAGAUCACACGCUUCUCCGAACUCCGAAGGCUUUCUUGAGAACAUUGGCGCUUAAUGAAGCGACAUCGGAAGUUCUCGAUGGAGGAAUGGGUGAUAUACAAACGCUUGGAGCUUUUGCUAGAAUAGAGCAACAAAAGGCCCGCACAUAAUGUCCCUGGCCGCAAGCUACCAGGACUAGCAUAGCUCGGAAUCCAUUCGUUGUUCAAGGCUAACUCACUUACCGAACUAUGAUGUUCCGUUUAGUACUCACACCUCUCAGGAUAAGCAAGCUCUC